AAUAUCUCUCUUUUAUUUAUUUAUUUAUUUUUCUCAGUAUUUAAAUUUUAUUUGGAUUUUAUUUACGUUUCUAUAUUCAGGUUGUUUGAAUUUCCCCCAUUGAAUAUUGGGAUUUUUUUGGUUUUUCAUUCGGGUCGCAAAGUAGUUUACUGCGACUACUUAACUUAUAUUAUCUGUUUGGCUGCCGAGAAAAUUUUAGGAGAUGCCGAGAAAGUUGAAAUUUUUGAAUUAUUGUUUUCGUGUUUAAAAAAUCAAAAUUCGUUAAGACGAUCCCAUUCCCACAACAUUGUGUGAGGAUGUUAUUAACUGGAAAAACUAAUGAUGAAGUUAGAUUCUUAAUUUAUAAUUUGAUAUUAUCUGUUUGGCUGCCGAGAAAAUUAGGAGAUGCCGAGAAAGUCGAAAUUUUUGAAUAAUUGUUUCCGUGUUUAAAAAAUCAGAAUUCACUACGACGAUCCCAUUCCCACAACAUUGUGUGAGGAUUUUAUUAACUGGAAAACUAAUCUAAUAUGAAGUUAGAUUUCUUAAUUUAUAAUUUGAUGAGUUUUGUUCUCCUUCAUCAUUUCAGUAACCGAAUAGAAAUCUGCCGAAUAGCGUAGAGAAAGGGGGAACUUGGGUUAAGGAGAAUUCCAUUAUUUGUCAGUGGUCAUGCCGUACCGGGUGCGUGAAAAUCUAUUCAUUGGCAACAUCAGUGAUGCAGCAGAGAUUCUCCAAAAUGGUAGCACAGAGAUCACGCAUAUUCUAUCGGUUCGUAGUUCAGCGUCAAUAUCAGUUUUCUCCGAAUGGAAGGGUCUAACAAUUCCCACAAAGGAAAUCAAGAAGGUCUAUGCUGGCGGGUCUGGUGGUGCCUCAGCUUCUGAGGAUGAUUCCGGUGACAGGAAAAAGGGUUGUUUGGUGUCCGAUAAGCUUCUGUACUUGUUGGAACAUGCUGGCAAGGAUUUGAAGCUGGUGAGGAUGGGGGUUCCACUGAGAGAUACGGAGAAUGAAGAUUUGUUGGAUUAUUUGGACGUUUGUUUUGAUUUUAUCGAUAGGAGUAGAAAAGAGGGGUCUGUUUUGGUCCAUUGCUUUGCUGGUGUGUCUAGAAGUGCAGCUAUCAUUACAGCAUAUCUGAUGAGAACAGAAAAUCUAUCACAAGAAGAUGCACUAAAAUCCCUGAGACAAAGCUGUGACUUUGUUUGCCCCAAUGACGGUUUUCUUGAUCAGCUCAAAAUGUACGAGGAAAUGGGCUUCAAGGUUGAUUGUGCCAGCCCCAUAUACAGGUCUUUUCGACUGAAAGUAUUGGGUACACUAUUUUCUUUUUCUUUACGUUGCCUUCUCUUAAUGGUCUAUCCCAUAAAUAGGGCUUACUAAUCCCCCUCCCCCUUCCCCCUUCUUCUC